AUGACAAACGCAGCGGAAACAGAUGCAAGAGACAGAACCCGUCGAGGCUCGUUUGCUGAGUUUCGCGUUGUGCUUCUCGCCGGGGAUGUUGGGUCGCGCAUGCGUCUCUUCACGGACGCUGUCCCAAAGUGUUUGCUACCCAUAGGCAAUCGGCCGAUGCUCUUCUACGCGCUGUACACGAUCGAACGCAACAGCAUUCCGGAGGUUACGCUAGUCACCACGGAGCGCGCACUCGAACGCGUCACGUCCUACGUGGAGGAACUCUACGGGAACGAUCCAGCGGUUAUGGCGCUUCGGAGCUCAAGGUCAUCGCAGCCGGAUCUGCAUGUUUGCAUUGAGGCGGUGCCGGCUGAACUGGGCAGCGGUGAAGCGCUUCUAAAGGUCACGAAAUACCUUGACGCUGAGGACGUGCUCGUUGUCAGUGCCGACACGUUCGGACUCUGGGAUUUAGCAUCGCUGGCAACAACGCAUCGGGUCACUGGGGCUACCUGGACAAUGAUGCUAGCCAACGCAAAGUUCGGAGCCAAGAGCGACCACAACAAGCGUUCUGCCAAGUCGCUGGGGCCUGCCCACGGCUCAAGCACGGCUGCCGAUCAGAUGGCCAUCGGCACGCCUAGUCGAGACUGUAUCGUCGUCGACGAAGUUACGCAGCGAAUUCUGUACUUGAAACCGGAUGUAGGCGCUUUCGGGAGCGCGGAUAACAUUCGCCUACCGGGGGAUGCGCUGCAAGCGGUCGGCCCGAUGAUGAUCCACCGCGAUCUGCUGGACCUGCACAUCUACUUGUUUCGAAAAACGGCACUAGAGCUGCUUAGCGUGCGACCGCAAUUGACAAGUUUGCGCGCAGACCUGUUACCAUAUCUGGCCCGCAACCAGUUUGUACUUGAGAGGAGGCUUGCGCGUGCCCUAGGAUCCGAGAUGACGGGUGGAAGGGAGUCGCCGCUGCGAACGGCGUGGCAGCGAUACCGGAAUGCGCCCGCUGGCAGCGCUUCUCGAGUCCGAUCGGUAUCACCACAUCGAAAAAGUGGUGAGAAAGACAAUUGCUGGCUGCCGAGCCUGGAGCCUCUGCCUCUGCACAGUAUCAUGAUUGGUCAGAGCCAAACUGACUCAGUGCGCCACGGACCCGUAAGUAUUCGAUGCCAGGGGUGUUUCAGCGCUCCCGAGGCAGGUCGAAUUAUUCGAGUUAAUACAAUCAGCGCCUACAUAGAGGCUAAUCGCCUCGUAGCUGCGGGCGUGGUAUACGGCGACCUCAGAGGCGCUAGCGCCGUCACGCCAAAACGAUGGUGCAGCGAGGCGGCAACGCAAGGAGGUACAGUGCAGAUCACUGGAAAGAACGAAGAGACACAGGCCACGCGCGGGGAACAAGCUUCGGCGCGCGUUCAUAUCGCAAAGGAUUGCUUGAUAGCGGCGGAGGGUGUCGAAAUAUCUCCAGGAUCUACGAUCAAAAACCAAACCGUGGUGCAUGUACACACGAUCGUCGGUAGGCGGUGCAAGCUGAGUGCCUGCAUUAUUAUGGAUCAUGUUAGGAUCGGAAAUGAAUGCCUGCUCCAGAACUGCGUCGUCGGGAGUAACGCGCAGAUCCACGACCGUUGCCAGCUACGCGACUGUCUCGUUGGACCCGACACGGAAGUGCCCGCUGGUACGAUCGAAACCGGUGAAGUGUUCACGCGCGCCGAUAUCCCUUUGGUGGAUUGA